AUGGCUUCGCUGCUUCAAGGUUCAGCCUUUGUGACCGGCGCCGCCUCCGGUCUCGGUGAGCAUACAGCCUAUGCUUUUGCCAGGCAUGGCAUUUCCAAGCUGGCCAUUGCAGACAUCAACCUGGACGGCCUGAACAGGGUGGCUGCCGGCAUCCAGAAAGAAUGGCCCGGCGUCGAGGUUCUGGUGCUGCAGAUGGACGUGCGCAAGGCUGAAGAGGUCAAGGCUGCGUUAUCCCAGAUUGUCGCCCAGUUUGGUCGCUUAGACAUUGCCGUCAACAAUGCCGGUGUCGCCGGCAGGUCGGCGCAGAUACACGAGCUGGACGAAGCCGACUGGGAGCGGGUGCUGGGCGUCAACCUGCACGGCGUCCAUCGGUGCCAGAAGGAGGAGCUCGGCAUCUUGACUACGUGUGCCAUCAUUUUGCUGAUGAUGCCCAACUACAGAGAUCUCGGCCCACGACGAGGGCGAGGCACCAUCAUCAACGUCUCAUCCAUGUAUGGCAUCAUUGGGCCUCUGUCGCCCAUCCAUGUCACGGCAUACACUACAGCCAAGCACGCCGUCAUGGGAAUGACCAAGGCCGACGCCGCCUCCUACGCCGGCUCCAACAUCCGCAUCAACGCAAUCUGUCCCGGCUACAUCAAGACGCCCAUGGUCAACGACGGCCAGGGCGCCGAGAACCAAGCCCAUCCGCUGCACCACCAUGCCCAGAAGACGCCGUUGCGACGGCUGGGCCUGCCUGAGGAGAUUGCAGAUAGCAUCGUCUUUCUGGCGUCGCCAAUGAGCAGCUAUGUUAAUGGCUUUGGGCUGGUGGCUGACGGUGGGUAUAGUUGUUGUUAA